AUGCGUCCCUUCAUCUUUCUUUCAUCACUCUUGGGCAUCACAGUCGCAGGAUUGCUGGACUAUAUGGCCGUUCAACUUCCAAGGACGGAUUGUGUAACCAGUUUCAAAUGGUCCUCGAGCAAGCCACCGAUCAGCUCCAAGAACGAUAACCAACACCUGGCUGUCAUGAAAGAUUCCUCGAUCGUAGAGAUCAACGGCACGUAUCAUGACUUUGCCAAGACGGCAGUCUCGUUGAGCAAUUUCCCCAAGGGCAUGGGCGAUACGGUCAUUGCGCUGUCCGAUUCCAACAAGAACACCCUGUUUGAGGCAUUCAACCUGUACAACGUGGGCGAUAGGAAAUACCUUCUCAUAGCUGAGGCCAUAAGAAGCGUUUACGGUACUUCUGAUCGUGGACUUCGACCAGUCUCUCGGGCAAAUGGACUGCGCUGGCUGAUAUCGAACAUUGCCCGUUCGCCGGUGCCAGCAAUGUCGCCUUCAGUGGAGAGGCAUGAACCCGGAGAAUUAGCCACGGAGAAAUGCCUCUUCCUACAGGUCUACCAAUUGAUUCUGUGGAAACAGUGCCACGCUUUGGUGCAAGGCCGAGGGUUUCCUGCACUAUUUGAGAAUCUUGUCCGUGAUCUUUGGGCUCUUCGAUUGGAAACCUAUUCCAAGAAGCUUAAAGACCUUUCAGAGGAUAUCGAGGAGCCCGAAUUUUUUAGCUCUCAGCCCGCUACCGAUGUUGAUGAGCCCGAAGAUUUCAAGUCUAAAACUCAGUGGCCUCGAUUGAUUGACUCGGUUGCCCUUUGUUACUUGGGUGCUCUUCUGAUGAGACUCCCCGUCGGUAUCAGCGACUUUCACCGAAUGGCUGUCCGCGGAAAUGUACCCUAUAUCCGGAUUGUAAAAUUAAUUCCUCGAGAAAUGAGAGACAAGUUGCCGCAGGAAUAUAUAUCAAUCAUUGAGACCACGAAACCACUUGAUGCCGAGCAUCUUCAUAAAGCUGUGGUGGAUCUAUUGCUCCUGUACCAUCACAAGUUUGGGGUACAAUUUCCGCCGUUAAACCUUUCGCCUUUGUUAUAUCGUUUUAUAAAGAGACUUGCACUUCCAAUUGAAAUAUACCCCUCUGUGAAACGACUACAGACGCUACUAGAGUUUAAUUUUGAGUAUCCAACAAAAAAUAUCGGGAGACGAAGCGCGCUUCAUCUGCCUGAACUGCAACUAAUGUCUCUUAUUGUUAUCUCCACGAAAUUGCUUUUCCCCUUCGACGACACCGAAAGGUAUCCAACGACUGCAAGGGAGCCAACGACCCAAGUCAUCGAUUGGGAGCUCUGGGCCCAGGCACAGAGACACUUUGCCAAUCGAGAAACAUCCGGCGGGCAGAUCGGGAAAGGAAAUGAGAUCCUGGUGAAAGAGAAAGACGUGUUCAACAUGACGCCAAGUCAACUGGAUGAGUACAUGGAUUGGUACGAAAAUUCUUGGCUGGACAGCAAAGUGACAAAUCUGUUGGCCGACAUGUUUCCCAUUGGACCAACAGUAGGGGAAAGCCAGAAUGCAGCUUCCACAACUGAAGAAGAUGAAGAGGAAGCGAUGAGCUCAAUGAACCAGAAAGUCACGAGCGAACUAAAGGCCCGAAAGAUGCUCUCGAAUCCUGAUGUCGAUAUCCCUCGGCCAGGCAACUUAUAUCAGCGCUAUCGGAAGGAGUCAGAUCUCCCGGAUGCGGCGACAUAUUUCUAUGAAAUUGCUGCCAAAGUGGCCGGUGUUUCCCUCUCCACCCUUAUUCGGGCCGUGUUCCAGGCCGAAACGAAGAUCAGCCGAUGGCUGGAAGACCAGAGGCGAAUCGAGUACUACGGAGAUCCUUUGGAAGCGGAAAUUUCUCGGGACGAUAACUCGGAUGACGCGGUAGCGGACAAUCGGGCUAUUUCCGAAUAG